AUGGUUUUAGAAUAUGCAAGCAAGGGAAGUUUACGAAAUUAUUUAGAUACAAAUUAUAAUACAUUAAGUUGGAAAGAUAAACUUCUUCAUUUUUGUCAUAUUGCAUCUGGACUCGUAGAUAUUCAUAGAAAUGAAUUAAUCCAUCGAGACUUUCAUAUUGGCAAUGUAUUAGUGUCUAAUUUUGUAAAAAUAGCUGAUUUGGGAUUAUGUAAACCUGCAGACUACAGUGCAUUAGAAAAUACAAGAAAAAAUGUCUAUGGUGUUUUACCUUAUGUGGCUCCUGAAAUUAUACGAGGAUAUGAUUACACUAAAGCCGCUGAUAUUUAUAGUUUCGGAAUAAUUAUGUAUGAAGUAAUUUCUGGAUUACCUCCAUAUCAUGAUGUAAGCCAUAAUGAAAUGUUAGCAAUAAAGAUUUGUAAAGGACUCAGACCAACAUUUAAUAUUAAAGUACCUCAAUUGAUCGUGCAAUUAAUUAAAAGAUGUUUGGAUGCAAAUCCAGUAAAUCGUCCAACAGCAAAAGAAAUUGAAGAAAUUACGAAAAUAUGGUGGCAUGAACCAACAGCAGAAUUACAAAAGCAAAUUAAAGAAGCAGAAAAGAUAAAUAAAAAUAUAUCAAUUAUUAGUAUUAUACCUUCAGCUAGUUUACGAAUAUCAUACAAAACACAUUCAGAUGCUAUUUAUACGAGUAGAUUGCUUAAUUUUAACAAUCUUCCUGAACAAAAAAAUUCUGAUGAUUAUUAUGAACAAAAUGAUAAUAUAAUUAGCAAUGAGUUUUUAGAAUCCUUACAAAUUGAUAUUUCUCAAUUGAAUAUUGAUGAUAGCGAUAAACUUUCUAAACCAAAAAAUUCUGAUGAUUAUGAACAGAAUGAUGAUAAUAUGAUAAGUAAAGAAGAUUUAGAAUCCUUACAAAUUGAUAUUUCUCAAUUGAACGAUUUAACCAAAACAGGGAAUCUAAAGGCAAAGAUAAAAUCUAGGAUAAAAGCUGUUAUUAAGUAGUUUAUGUUGUCAUCCUGGUUUGUAUUAAGUUACUAAUAGAAAUUAUAAUAUAUAUAUAUUGUUUAGUUUUAAUACUAGUAUUAUUAUUUUCAAGUUAUUUUUCGUCAUUAUAAUUUAUAAAUUCUGUUUAACGUUUAGUAUAAGGUGAUGGGC